UUCUGGAAAUGUUUGUUUAUUUUUUAUAAUAUUAUACUUAUUUAGUAUGAAUAAUUAUUUGUAUAUUUUUGAAAUUUCGUUGCCUAGCAACGUUUUAUAUGUUAUCAAAACAUUAUGCUUCACACCUAUAAAAUUCAUGUUAGUGUGUUAUGACAUUUUUAAUAUAUUGUAAAAAUCAUGAGUAAAAUAUAUUUUUGUUGUUGUGAUUCUUAUUAAAAUAUUAUUAAUUAAUGGGUACUGUUAAGUACUAUGGACAAUGGAUUAAUGUCUUAUAAAAAUACAGAACCAAUGAUGCAAGUUUUCAAUGUUCAAGAAAAAUCUGAUUGGAUUAUUUAUAAUCGUUAUAUACAACGAGAUUUGGAAUUAUGUAAAUUAUUAAUUGACCAAGAGUUACGAAACACUAAGGAUAAUAACGAAUUUGCAUUUUAUAUAUUGGGAUUAAUAUAUAGAGAAGAAGGUAAGAUAAAAAAUUCAUAUUGGUGUUUUGACAGAUAUUAUGCUUUAAAUCCCUUAUGCGUCGAAGGAGUCAAACAGAUUGCUCGUUCAUGUUUACUUUUGGGAAGAAAUGACGAAGCCCGAAAAAUGUAUCUGGAAGCAGAAAAAAUGUGCAGAGAACCAGAUACUAAAGUAUACUACAACCUUGGUUUGUGUUACUUGAACUUAGGAGAAUUGGAAAAAUCUAAAGAAUACUUUCAUCGCACAAUUCAACUUAGUCGAAAUCAAGAUGCUUACGAAAAAUUAGCUUCUAUAUUUGCCAUAGAAAAUAAUUUUAAAAAUGCGACCAGUAUAUUAAUUUCGGCAUCAAAGUUGUUUCCAUUCAGCACGAAUAUAUCUGUAGAUUUGGGUCUGUUAUACAUGAAACAACGUGAUUAUGAUCAAGCAUUUAACGUUCUCGGAAACACACUGUGUCAGGAUCCCGAAAAUCCUAAAGCACUCUUCACAAUAGCAGCUGAAAUGCAGAGGAAUUGUGGAUACGACGAAGCAUUGGCCAAGUACACUAAAGCUGUUACUGACUUAUCUGAAUGCUCUGAAACAUGGAAUAAUAUUGGAAUGUGUUUCUUUGGAAAACAUAAAUACGUUGCGGCUAUAAGUUGCUUAAAACGUGCUAUUUAUUUGCACCCAUUUAAUUGGAUCGCCUUAUACAAUUUGGGCCUUGUGCAUCUAUACACUAGACAGUAUGUUUCAGCAUUUGUAUUCCUUUCAACUUCAGUCAAAUUAAACCCAAAUCACGCUGGUACUUUUAUGCUUAUUGGAUUGGCAUUAAACCAUAUGAACGAUACAAGGAAUGCCGAAAAGGCUUAUCGUAAAUCCAUUGAAUUAAAUCCAGACAAUCCAGAAGCGCUAAUAAAUUUGACAAUUUUGGAAGUUAACCAAGGAAAAAUGAAAGAAGCCGAAAAAAAUUUCCAAGCUUUUCAAGAAGCAUGUCUAUCGUGUGGUGCAAUAGAUAAAGAAAUUAUUGAACUCGGAAAGCAAGUAUCGGACGCUCUCGACGGACAACCACGAUCUCUAGAUGAAAACGAUGAUGAGAAGCCCGGACGUGAUGAGCCUUGCUACGCGGAGGUAGAAUAACGUCCCUUUCUUUUUCAAAUAGGUAUUGAAAUAUAUACCUACUCCAUACACGUAGGAGCCAAUUUAGAAAUCUGAAAAGGGGGUGUCUACAUUUUUUUCCAGAAAAAAUACAAUUAUAAUUUUACUAAAUAUCCAAAAACCUUUUAUCCACUUUUUUCAACAACAAAUUAUAGCUUGAACUCUCCUGCUAACCUUCUUAUGACUGCAGGUAAUACUUUUGUCUUUGAUUAUAUUUGAUUAAUAAUUUCUAUGUUUGAUUUGUAUUCUAUAUCUAAUUUAGCAUUAUUAUUUUAUUCAUUCUCUA